CUUUGUGGAUCUUCCUGCUGUUCGCUGCUGGAGGUUUGGUUCUCUUCUUCCACCAGCAGGAUCUGUCUGAAACAGUCCAGCAACAAGGGCCAGGUGUAAAGCUUGCAAGCACUCCACGGCAGUCUAGAGAGACCCUUUCUACUCAGGACAAAGAUGGAGGAAAAUCCGACACCACCUUGGACCAUCUGGCAGAAGAAGGAAACUGGUCCAGUCCGAUUCCUCCCAUGCAGUUUCCAAAUUUUGAGAGGAGUAAACAGUCUGUCACCAUCGGAUCCACUAAUCAGCAAACUGUUUCCCUUCACAUCACCAAAAUAAACCACAAAAUGUUAAAAACAAGUACCCUGAUCCAUCACACCACCAACGUUUCUCCCUCUCCUUCAACCUCGUCCUCUUCAUCCUCAGCUCUUUUCACCUCAGGCUCUUUUUCCCUUGAGAGCUGGAGGAAACUCUCCAGCAACUUAGAAGCACGCAGACAACUAAUGAAGAACAUGUGUGCCAAGUAUAAAAGCAGCAUUUCCAAGACCAUUACACGUGAUCAUGUGAAACAAAUUUAUGUGGAGGAUAAAUACAAGUUGCUGUACUGUGAGGUGCCUAAGGCAGGUUGUUCCAACUGGAAGAGGACCCUGAUGGUCCUAGCGGGCCAGGCCUCUAAUGCCCGCAGCAUCACACAUGACACAGUCCACUACAACAACCAUCUAAACAGGCUAGACAGCUUUGAUCACAAGGAGAUCAUGCACCGUCUGCAAACCUACACAAAAGUCGUGUUUGUCCGAGAACCUUUGGAGAGGCUGGUGUCUGCUUACAGGGAUAAGUUUGAGAAUCCCAACAACCACUACCACAACCUGUUUGGGAAGCCCAUCAUCUCCAAGUACAGAGUUAACCCUUCCCAAGAGGCCCUUAGGACAGGCAACGGUGUCACAUUCAAGGAGUUUGUCCAGUAUUUGCUGGAUGUCCACCGUCCUGUGGGUAUGGACAUCCACUGGGAGCUGGCCAAUCAGCUCUGCCACCCGUGUCUCAUAGACUACGACUUCAUAGGCAAGUUUGAGAACAUGGAGGAGGAGUCCAACCUCUUUCUGCGAAUCACUGGGGCUCCAAGGAACCUCACACUGCCAAGUUUUAAGGAUAGAAACCCAAAAGACAAGAAGACCUCCAGUCAGAUCACAGAGAAAUAUUUCACACAGGUCAGCAAAGGCCAGAGACAGCGAGUCUAUGACUUUUAUUACAUGGACUAUCUGAUGUUUAAUUACUCUAAGCCUUUUAAAGAUAUAUAUUGAAUGACUCCUGUCAAGAGUCUCCUCCAAUCACAGUCACAUUCCACAACAUCUACAUCUCUAUCAUUGUAAUAAUGCAACCACUAUUAAAAAAAAAAAAAAAAAAAAAAAAAAUCACACUCGCUGAAUCUUUGCAUCUCUGCAAAAAGAUCAGAUAAACCAAACUUCCUCUGACUUUAACAAAAGCUGCUUAUCAUUAAUCAUUUUAUAGACUAUCUCAACUAUUACGUAAUUAUAAAGAAAAAAAGGUUUGUGUGGUAUUACGUACUCUAAAUUGUCCAAAUGAAAUGUGUGUAUUCACUACUAGUUCCUGGUUGGGGUAUAAAUUCUAAAACUAUACAUUUUAUGCCUAUAAAUAAAGUGUAUUAUUGUUCAGCAGGCUUUAAAUUAUACCUAACUGUGAGUCAAAUAGCAUUUGCAAAAGCUUUAUAUGGGUUGACAGGGUGGUGAUGGUUUCUGUGUACUUACGUUAGUGAAUUUCUCUUUUCCAAUCAAUAUCUGAACUAUUAUUGUUUUGUUAGCCACCAGCAAUUACUGUUUUACAUAGGUCAUAAUUUAAAAAAAAAAAAAUUACAACACAGAUUAGUUUAAUUCUAUGUUUAGAGGAGUGAUACCUCUGCAUUUAGGAAGAAACUGUCUUUAUUAACCAUCACUAUCCACCCACUAUGUUCUACAGUUUAUUAAAAUUAACCCUUCACAUUUAAUAAAUUAUACAUUUAAACUGGAAAUAUUUGCUCUUUCUAUUUGACUCAAAACAAGUUAGGUGUCAGUAUACCUCUAUGUAUAAAUGCGUACUAAUACAGAUACUUUGUGUCAGUGGUUUACUAAGCUGCUUACUAUGCUUACAGAGCAUAAACCUUAAUAUAAUGAAACCGUAUAAAUAGUAUAGAUCUUUAAAAUGUGUCAAGUGCUGCCCACCUAAAAGCUCUUUACUCCUACUUGUAGCAUUUUUGUUUUCUUAACUCUGUCACUUUAUGCUUCACACUAACGUCAGUUCUCAUUACAGAUGUUUAUGUGGGUGUUGUUAAAUGACAUCCAGAUACUUGCAGGGUACAGAGUGUUGCAGACAAUAUCGAAUGAAACAGAUGACAUCCGAUGAUGGUAUAUAAAACACAAAGCAGAUGUUCAGAUAAAAACGAACAGUUUGGACAUUUGAUCAGGACUGAGGAGAAAAGAGGAACCUGUAAUCACAUACAAAUCUCACACUAGCACAGUGACAUUGUACCCUCUGUAUGUAUCCCAUCUAUUCUACACUAUUACCUUUUUUCAGACACUACUGUGUAAAACUGUACAAUGGGCAUUCAAAUGAAUAUAUAUUUUUCUAUGUAUUUCUAAAGUAUAUAUAUAUAUAUAUAUAUAUUCAGUGCUUCUUGGUGAAGUUAUGUUUAUCUCCUUUUAGAUGUCAUAGGUUUUACCUUAGGAAACACCAGUGUCAUGACUGUCUUGUAACUAAAGAGUUUCUUUCCAAAACAAAAAAUAUCCACCAGCAGAAAAUUACAAGUCGACCUCUCAAGGAAGUACAUGACUGCACAAACUAAGGUAAAAUAAAAAGUGUAGAAGAUGACUAAGUUUGGCUGCUGAAUUGAAUGAAUUGAAUUGAGAACACUUGGUGCUUUGAAGUUAGUUAGUUUUUUUUUUUGUUUUGUUUUGUUUUUUUUAAAGAAAAUGGAUAUGUGGGAUUUUGGAAAUUAGCUCUUUAAUUACUUGUCCCUGAUCUGUUUGGUCUCUUACUAGGAUAAUAGACCCUGUACAGAUGAGCUGCAUUCAACCUUGUUACAUAUCCUAGCUAAUGACAUUUGUACCCACAGCAACUCCACAGUCUGUGUGUAUGUGUGAGUGCGUGUGCAUGUCUGUGUGGUACUGAAUACGCUGUUAAGAUGCAUUACAGCGUUUUCCAUGCAUCCCUUGGAAACAUAAAUACACACAUCACUAGAAGACACACUUUGCAGGUAUGAUUUCCCGUGUGUAACUUUAUAACACUGCUAUAUACAGUAUAUAUUUCCAAUGCAACAUUCAGCUGGCACGAAAAUCAUGAACCCUUUUCUUUUCUUAAAUACUAAUAAAUGUAGUUUAGGCAAGAAAACAGUUUGCUUGAGUGGAGAUCAAAUAGAACCAAUUAACUCACACACAUUAUAAGAUACCCCCCCCCCACAAAAAAAAAACUGUAUAAAUAUUUAAUUUGAGAUUAAAAGAAAGAAAGAAACAGAGAAGAUUCCAUCUGACUGAUUAGUCUGAUUGUCCAAUUAUAAAGGUCAUUUAGAGUAAGUAUAUGAAGCCAAGGUUUCUUUAAAAUACUAAUAUUGAAUAUUUCUUCAUUUACAGUUUUAUCAUGCUGUACAAGGCUAAAACUAAAAAGCAGGAAAAAAAUGAUGAGGACAAAAACACCAAAAUUACAGAUAAAUGAAUGAAAAUGAGGCUAAAUCCACAAAUAGAAACCCUAGACAAACUAAAUUCAUCGUAAAGUGGAGACAAGACAACAAAUUUUAUGUUUUUGAUGCCAGUGAAUUUGUUAGUUGUAAACACGACUGGUAUCUUUUAGAGUGGAAUUCAUCUAUAUGGGUUUUUACAGCUCACUGGGAAUGUAUUUUAUGUACCAAAAUACUUCAUAUAGACAUGUAUUUGCCCCUAUUUGUGUUAUUUAAAUCUAUUAACACUAUAAUCCACCUUUCCAAAUACAGACCAAUUAUUUUGUUGGUAUUAACCUACGUGGUGCGUUGGCUUUUGCAGUGAAAUCUAAUCUUUGUUUUGGAUGUGGGCAAAUUCUAAAGGUAUCACUAAUCCAUGGGGCAAAACAAAUAUUGUGUUUUGAUAAGUUUUCUUGGCAAGUGGGUGUAGGGACAGAUUUUUUAAAAACACAAUUACAGUAACAAGUGAAUGUAUAACUGUUUAUCGUUGGUGCAAAAGUGUAUAAAAUAUUAUCCUAAGCCAUUUGCCUUAUUUUACACUGCCAAUCAAAUGGUGUUUUUCAGGAAGACAUUCUUCUGGAUGAUGGGUGUCUACUAAUAAACUAUCUUCAGCA